AAGAGAUAAUCUGGCGAUGUACACGUUUUCUGGGAUGAAUAGUUUCGCGUAUGUCGAACUACCGAUGGACUAGGAUAAUUCUAAAAACAAUAAUAUAAUACAAUAUUAAUAUAUAAUAUCGUAAUUUUAGAUUACAAUUAUCGUAGAUUAUGAAACGACUUGGUAACUUCUGAACACACCCUCUGUCUUCCAAAGAGACGAUCUGGCACAUGGUAAAAGUAGGAAUUACGUCUGACGGGUUCCAGGAGAAUGACCUUGAACUGCCAAUUAAGUUUGUUCCGCUUGUACACGUACAUGUAUAGAUGCAUGAGCGUAAAUGCAAGUUGAGUAACAUCUAAAAUGAACAGAUCAGUAGUAUUAAAUGAACGAAAGGUAAUCUUUAAUAUUAAACGACACACCUUUUCAACGUCCCCCGAGAUUGCUAUGCUUAAUCAGCUAAUGGCACGAACGAAAAUAAUUACCGUAGAAAGAACGAAGAGAAAGAACGAAGUACGAAGAAACGUGAUACGUUACGGGAAUAAAAACAUAAAAAAUGGACAAACAUGACGCGGUAAAAACGAGUAGGCGAGAUAUUGUACGGACAUUUCAUUUUAUACACACGUACGAUGCGCGAUUUAAUCAGUCGCCGUAAACGCCUACUAAACAGCGAACGAACACGAACACGUGCACUGACAACAGCAGCUGUGCGAUAGCGAUAUAUUAGGCGCGUACCUAAUGUAAUAUGUAGGUACUAAUCAACGCAAGGGUGGUAGACGCGUAAUACAUUAGCUCGCUAAGUUCCGCAUUAGCUAGAGUCGGUUCAAGUUGGCCAAAAAGUUCGUUUGGUUUGGGGCGAUGAUGGUGAAUGGUUCCCAAAAGAUGGGAAAGAAUCCCAGAACAAAAUGGAUGAUAUGUUACAGAGUUAAUACAGUCAGUGUAAUAAGUAUUCGUACAGGAACCAUUUGUUUUAAAUUGGUUGCGGUUAAUUUUAAUUGGUUAAUUAAUUUGCUGCGAACUCUUUGGCCAACCUAGUAAAGGAGAAGACAAAUCUUUGGACAGGAUUCGUUUAGUUACUUCGCUGACGUCUUCGGUAGUCUUCGGUUAUAUGAAAUAGCUUCUGGAGGCGUAUCUAAAAUGAAUAAAAAGCGUUAAACUUUUAAAUACUGUUUACUUUAGCUUUUACCGCGUGCACAUAAAUACAUUCAAAGCUUUAAUUUACACGCGAACUUAACAGGCACCCCGCGGAACUUACCCCAUCGAAGUUUGCCAAUCUUUGUCACUGAUGAACAAGUUUCUUCUAUGGAGUUUGAGCGUAGAGGAGACCGUAACCUGGUCGAAAACAAAGAAACAAAGUAAGAACAGAGUAGAGAAGAAAACAAAGAUAGACUUGACAAUUGAAAACACUUACGAUACAAAUUGCGUUAAAAAUGUUAGAUACGCGGUAUUGGGACGAAGGUAUAAAUACGAGACACGCUGAUUUACAUUCAAACUCGUUCAAAUAUUUACACGGGUAUGGUAACUUCCGGUUUUCGCCGCAAUGGCGUCGUUAGAGGAUCGUUAGUCGAUCCAAGUCGAUUCGUCGAGCUUUCGAUUCGUCGUAAAGCGAUUCGCGUGGUUCAUUUUUUAAAGCUAAACCAAUUAUGUCGGAUCGUUAUAGAUUUUUUACGCAUACCUAGGUCUUGUAUACGAACUUACGAUCCCGGUUACUUGGAAGGAUUUACUCGGUCCGCGAGUCGGCGAUCCAGCGCGAGGAUCGCUCGUGCUAUCGAUCGUCGUCUCCUUCGUCGCGAUCUCCGACUGUAAUUAUGAAUAGUGAUCUGGGCUAGAUUCGAAAAACAAUAGUAAAUAUACCCUCGUAGAUCGUCGUAGAUUUCAUUUUCAUUUUUAACAUGGGCGAGUGAAGUCGUCAAGUAGACGAAUUAAUAAACGAGUAAGUCGAUUAGUGGAGCCUGUCGAGGGUUGAGAAGCGGCCUCUUAGAUUGACGUGUCGAUUCCGUCUAUUCGGUUACCCACGGUUCGCUGGAUUACCGACGUAAUCGCGCCGAAAAAAAAAAUAUGAUCAGUGAGAAAGAGUGAAAAGUGAACGAAUCGAUCGAGUAAAUGGUGCACUCUGUUCUGAGGAGAUGAAUCUUCGCGGUGGACUAGCGAUACUUCUUUUCGUUCUUGCGGAGAUCGACUGCGCGAUAGUGAGGAUCGUGGGAGAGAAUCACUCGAAAUGCGGAUGUCCAGCAGCAUCACACAGGCAACCGAGGGCGAUCCCGACGAAAGGAAGCGGGAGAAAUAAUACGUUCGACGAAGAGAACGUCGCCGUGACGACCGGGCGAAUUUUCAACGGAAAACCGAGCAAAAGGGGCUCGUGGCCCUGGCAGGUUUCCCUCCAGCUGUUGCAUCCGAAGAUGGGGUUCAUCGGCCACUGGUGUGGCGGUGUCCUCAUCGAGCCCACAUGGGUCGUUACAGCGGCUCACUGUAUCCACAAUGACCUUUUCAAUUUGCCAAUCGGUGCGUUGUGGACGGCGGUCGUUGGAGAAUGGGAGUUGGAUUCUGGUGGACGUGGAUCGGCUAGGCUACCUGUUGAACGAGUCAUCAUUCACGAGAGAUUCAAUAAUUACGUACACGAUAUUGCCCUGAUGAAGCUAGCCAGGCCAGCCCCUUUGUCGAAGGUGGUGCGAACGAUAUGCCUUCCCGAUCCAGGGGAAGAACUAGCGAAUGGUCAGUGCAUAGCUUCCGGCUGGGGUCGUUACGGCCCAACGCAAUCACUUUCCACCGCCUUGUUGGAAGCAACAGUGCCAUUACUGGAUCUAGAAAAAUGCACCCAAGCGUAUGGGAAGUCUGUACCGAUCCGAAACGGCCACCUCUGCGCUGGCCACACCGACGGCUCUUCCGGAAGCUGCGUCGGCGAUUCCGGAGGACCCUUGCAGUGUCGUCGCGUAGACGGAGUCUGGCAGUUGGCAGGCGUCACUUCGUUUGGGUCAGGAUGCGCCAGGCCAGGAUAUCCUGAUGUAUACACCAGCGUACAACAUUACGUCGGCUGGAUAAGAAACAUCAUGAACAACGAGGGGGAUUCGCAAUAUUUAUAGUUUCGUCUCUUGAGUCGCGUGUACCAUUAAGUGUAGAUAUUAUUCGUGUAAAUAUUGUUAAAGUAGAUCGUUGUAAAUACACGCCUGUUACUAAUUUUUUAAAUUGCCACAAACAUUAGUUUACAACUCGAACGUGCAUUAGCGAUAGUGACGUAUAUGUAAGCAACCGUUACGCGAACGCAGGCCAGCGGCAACUUCGAAAGAAAAGCUAUUCGCUAGGAGCUGAAUUUCUUCUAUUCCCAGCGGGGAAAACAGAUUUUCCCGUCUUCAUCCUCGAAAUACGAAAUAUCUGCAUUUAUAUGACUCUCGUGGGAGAUCUAACUUGUUUCACUCUUUCCGUAUCUAUCGCGAUGUUGCGUAACAUUGUGGUUCUGCGUAUGACAAGCAUAGUGAUUGCAUUCUCUCGGAUGAUAUUAGAAAUAUCGAUUCACGGGAACGUGUAGUACAACGGAGUGGUAACCCAAAGAGGGAGAGUACACACAUUACGCACUGAAGAGCAUCCAUUAAUUACCUUAAUACGAGGUACUUAGUAUGUGGAAGGUUGGCUACAGGUUGCUCUAGUCGAACUUCGUUUGCAGAUUGUACGGAAGAUAGAGACAUCAGCCUUGAAUCAAUUUUUGUUAGAUUCUUAUCGUUCGAGGAUGAAGCAGCACAAAGAUGGCAGAUUCGAGGAGCUAAUUACCACGUAAUAAAUUUUUAUUUUAGGCAACGUUCUCUGUGUGUUAUGUGAUGCACCCUUCCCCCCCAUUUUGUAUGUUUUAUUACUGUACUCUAUGUAUCUUUAAAAACCAAAAAUCAGUAUAUACUAACUUUCGUG